AUGGAAGAAAGAAAGCAUUCUAAAAAGCUGAUUAAUAAAGACAACAGAAGAAAUUAUAGUAUGCACCCUGACAAUGUAAUUUUUUAUGAUUAUUUUAAUAAUUUAAAAAGAAAGGCACUAGGCCAGGGUUAUAGCAAUUUGGUUAUUUCAUUUAAAACUAUUAUUGGGUCUAUUUUAAAAUACCCAUUGCCUAUUACAAAUAGCCAAGAUGCAUUUAAAUUAAGAGGUGUUGGUAAAAGUUUUUCACGAUAUUUUGAAAAGGUGUUAUCUCAACCUAAAGAUAAUAGUCGCCUAAAAAAAGACAACAAUGAAAGCAUUUUAUUCAACGAAGAUUCGAAUCAAAUUAUAAAUCAUGUAAAUAAAGUAAUUAACAAUACCGAUAAAUUUUUAAAACAAUUCAACAAAGAUUUUUAUAAUAUCAAAACAAAUGAGGAUAAUUCGGAUGAUACCGUUAUACGAAAUAUAAAGGAAAUACAAAAUGAUCAUAUAAGUCAGGAUGAUAAUAAUAAAAGUUCAAAAAAAAAAAAACAAAAAAAAAAAACGAACAAUGAUAAUAUUUCAAAAAAAGACAAUCAAAUGUUGUUUAACCAGGAUAAUUUAAACUAUUAUAACGAAAAUGUUGGACAGAUAGAAAAUUGCAGCAUUAAUUCUGCGAAUAAACUAAAAACCAGUAAAUCAUCACCCCUAAGCAAUAAUGAAGAUGUUAAUACUAACAAUGAAAAGAUUUAUAAGAAUAAAAAGACGAAAAAAAAAAAUAAUGAAUUAUCUGAUAACGAAAAAAAUAUUCUCACAAUUAUUAACGAACAUAGUCAUUUGUACAAUAAUAAUGCAAUGAGCAAAGAAGAGAUAAAUAAAGAAUUUUUAAAAUGUUAUAAAACAUCUAUAAAUAUAAAUUUUGUAUUGUUAAACAAGUUAAUAAAAUUGGAAUUAUUAGAAAAACUAGAAGAAACUGAAAAUAAUAAUAAUAUCAAUUUUUCAAAUGAAACAAAUGAUAAAAUCAUUCCUAAUAAAAAAACUAUUAGAUCAAAAUGUGUCAAAAAGGUUAGGAUAACCGAAAAAGGAAAACAAAUUUUACAAAUGAAAAAUGAAGAAAUAAUAAAAAAGGAAGAACACAUAAAUGUGAAUGAGAAAAAAAACACGUUUGAAUUUUUUAAUGAUAAAAAGAGUGAAAUAAGCAUACAUAAUGAGACAAGCAAAUUUAGCGAAACAAACUGUGAUGAAACUUUUAAUAGUAUUGAAAAUCCAACAAAAACAAUCAAUGAACCAAAAGACCAACUAAUACAAAAUGGUAAGAAUAAUAAUUUUGAAAACAAUUUUGAAUUUAUAAAAAACAAACAAAUCGAUCAGAAUGUACUUGAACAAAUUAUGAAUGUUGCAACUGAAUAUAGCGAUAAAGAAAUUAAUAAUAUUGUAAAAAAUGAACAAUUCGAAGAAAAUAAUAAAAUAGGAAGCUUAAAAAAAGAUGAUAUACUUGAAAAAAAUGAUAGUUGUGAACAAAAUUGCCCCAAUACAAUAUCAUCAUAUAGAGAUGAUAAAAUAUGCUUUGAUUCAAACUCAAUAGAUGAGACAAAUAUAAACAUAUAUAAGAAUAUAAAAAAUUAUUCAGAAAAUAAAAGUGAAUUAAUAGAUGAUAACAAAAAUAAUGAACAGUUUAAUAUUGAAGCGAAAUAUUCCCAUGAUUUAGAAAAUGAGCAUUUCGAAAGCGAUUCUAGUUAUAAUUUUCAAUUAAAGUUAGAUAAGAAAAAAGAAGGAUUGUAUAAAAAAUUAAAUAUAAGCUUAAAAGAUAAAUUACAAAAUAAAACAAUGCAGGACAAUUCUAUUGAUUGCAAUCAUAAUAAUUUAGACAAAAAUGUGCAAAAUAAAAAUUAUGAAAUUAACACAAACAAAUUGAAUAAUAAUUCGAAUGCUGAAUAUAUUAAUUGUCAUAGUUUAUUUAGUGAAAUAUCAGAUGAAGAUGAUAAUAAUAAUAAUAAUAAUAAUUUAGAUAAAAAUGUGCAAAAUAAAAAUUAUGAAAUUAACACAAACAAAUUGAAUAAUAAUUCGAAUGCUGAAUAUAUUAAUUGUCAUAGUUUAUUUAGUGAAAUAUCAGAUGAAGAUGAUAAUAAUAAUAAUAAUAAUAAUUUAGAUAAAAAUGUGCAAAAUAAAAAUUAUGAAAUUAACGCAAGCAAAUUGAAUAAUAAUUCGAAUGCUGAAUAUAUUAAUUGUCAUAGUUUAUUUAGUGAAAUGUCAGAUGAAGAUGAUAAUAAUAAUAAUCAAAAAUAUGAAUCCUCUAAAAAUGUACAAAAUUGUAGUAAUACUGAAAGAAUUUCAUCCCCAUAUAAUAAUAUAUCAACAUCGAAUAAGUAUAUUAAAAAUAUCAAUGAAAAUGCGCCACUUUUUGAAAGACAAAAUGUUAUUGAUAUAAUAGAUAUUUCUGAUGAUGAAGAAUAUAAUAUUGUUAAUUCAUGUUCAUCGAAUUAUUGUAAAGAUAAACAAAAUAAUAACGAGAAUGAAAAAAAACGAAAAUUAGCACCCAAUUAUGAUGAUAAUAAUAAUGAAUUGGGGAAAUCAAUAGAAAAUAAGGAGUCAUAUUUUCAAAAAAGUGAACAGAGGAAAAAAAAACAAAAAGUUAAGAAUUUAAAAAUGGAUGAAGACACCAAAAUAAAAGAGAAUAAUAACGAAGAUGAAAACGAAAAAAAGGAAAAUAAAAAAAAAAAUGUAGGAGAAAAAAAAAAUAAAAAAAAAAAAAGUAAAAAUGAUCAUACAAAAUCAAAUGCAGACACAGAAAAUCGUGAAGAAAAAGAAAAUGAAGAAAAUAAAAAUGUUCGAUAUGGACCUUAUGAAAUAAUAAUGAUAAUUGAUAAUAGAGAUAUUUCAGGAAUGAGUUAUGAAUUCAAUGAAAAAUGGAAAGAAAUUUUUAAAAAUAAUAAUAUAAAAUACGAAACACGAAACUUACCAUUAGGAGAUAUUAUAUGGUUAUGCAGAAGACCAGUUUAUAAUAAUAAUAAAAAUAUGUCAUCUAAAAGAAAACGUAAGAAAAAAGAAAAGGAAGAGAAAGGAAACAAAAUAGAUAUAAAUGAAAAUUCAGUAGAUAAUUGGGCAACAAAUAUAGGAAAUAAAAAUAUAGAUUUUACUUAUAGUUAUGAUAAAUAUACCAGUGCUUUAAGUGGAGAUUGUAAUGAGGGGUGUAAAAAUAAUGAAAUAGAAGAAAAUGUGGAUUAUGAAGAACAUGUUUUAAAAUGGAUCAUAGAAAGAAAAGCAUUAAAUGAUUUAAGCUCGAGUAUAAUCGAUGGUAGAUAUGAUGAACAAAAAUAUCGUUUAAUGAGAUCUAAAGAAAUAUGUCAUAUAAUUUAUUUAAUAGAAGAUAGUAAUAAUUCAUUUAAAAAUUAUACAAACACAUCAAAAAUAUCUUAUGAAACAUUAACUAAUGUACAACAUAGCAUUCGAUUGAUUAACGGAUUUUCAAUAUUAAGAAGCCAAAGUAUUAAACAUACUUUUCUUUUAUUAUCUGAAAUACAUUCAGAAAUAGUAAAAAAUAUUAAAAGAAUAUGUAAUGUAAAAAAUAAUGAAGAUAUAGUGCAUAAUGAACACAUAGAAACUUAUUUAAAAAAUAAUUCUUCUUCAUGGGAAAUAUGGAAUAAUGAAUCUAAAAAAUCAAAAAAUAAUAUUGUCAAAGAAACAUUUGGAAAGCAACUCAGAUUAAUUAAUAUGUGUGGAGCAGAUGCUACCGAACUUCUUUUAUCCUUAUGGCCAACACCAAUCAAAUUAAAUGAGGCUCUUAAUAAAUAUACACAUAAUGGUAUAUUGGCAGAAAAACUUAAACGAAUUUACUUAAAAAACAGAGAUAUGGUUGGAAAAAGAAAAGUAAAGUCACCUGUUGAUGCUAAUCUGAUAGCGCAAUUAAGGCAAUUGUAUGCCCCCGAUUCGAUUCAGAUGUUUCACCAUAAGGACAUAGAUUAA